AUGGCCACCUGUGAGGCGGCCCUCGACUUCACGACAAUUGCAUUCAAUAACCAGAUGUACGGCAUAUGUGUGUCCAAAGCCAUGGGUCACAUGCCGGCCAAAGUAAGUGUGGGCGCCAUCACAGGCACCGGAUGGCAACGACACCUCAUCUCGUGGUCAGUAAUAGACCCGCAAAAAGUGGUGGCGUUUGUGGACGAAGACAAAGACACCAAAGAGCACGACCUCUACGUAUUGGUGGCCGACUCCGGCAGUCGCGACGGCACUAACGUCUAUGUCAUCAAUAAGCACAAUGAGAUGAUAACCCGUGAACAGCACACAGUGAACAGUCGCUUCCCCACUGCCAUCGCUGUGUGGAUGUCUCGCACAGACAAUACAUACCACUUAGCGAUAGCCAACUCUUACGGCAAAGACGCCACACAGACAUACAAAUCGGAGACUUUCGCAUACAAUUGGAUGCAAACCUAUUUCGACAGAUACUCACAAAUGACCACUUAUUACGUGAAAGACAUUUGUCCCUUCAAUAUACACAGCAAUGAGUUCAUAGCUGUGGCCAACUAUAAGUCGGCUCCCAAUCAAAUGGAAGUGGAGUCCGAAAUCUUCAAACUGGACAUCGAUCGCAAGAAGUGGAUCUCAUUUCAACGCAUCCGCACAUUCGGUGCCAUAGACUGGGAAUUCUUCACUAUCGGCGAAGAUCGACACAAAGAGUACUUCCUGGCGGUGGCCAACCAUUUCGCCGUCAGUCGCAACCGAAUCAUAUAUGACGUCAACUCUAUUAUCUAUAAGUUUUCCGACGACAGGUUUGUUCCCUACCAGCCAUUAUCCACUGUCGGCGCCACACAAAUCAACUCAUAUACCGGUCCUAACGGCGAGUUUGUGUUAGCCGUGUCCAGUAGUGCACAGGCCGUCCAUCUCUACCAAUAUAACGGCUAUAACUUCAUUGAUGCGGGCGUUCAGUUCACCACUGGUGUCAUGAGUGCCGGUGUUGUGUCCCUACACUUCUCGCACUUCGCACCGCAAGGAUCGGCUCUUCUGACCGUAAGUAAUCCCAAACUGCCGACCGGACAGGUGUUCCGAAUGGAGUUCACUCACGAGAACCCAUUAGCCGAAUGGCACGGAAGAAGUCUCGACUGGUGUCUAACCACCGAUAGAGAAGUGAAUCAAAAUGAGGUCCCAAUCCUUAAAGAUGUCUUUUUCGUCGACCAAAGCGAACCAAUUGUUAUAAACGAUGACUUGAUUUUGUCGGACAUUGUGAUCGACUUCCUCUCGACACCCCUUCUCAUAGACGACUCAAAUGGUGAUGAGUUGAGCCAUAAAUUAAUUGAUAAUUUGAUUCAAUUGGACCGCGAGAUCAGUGCCGCCGAAGCACAGUUGGGCCAAAUCGUUGACAUACUAUCCAAUGCUCUGCGAACGUCUGGAGAUCAAGUGGUGACCGCUCCUCACGUUUUCAAUUCCGUUGAUUUCGAGUGCAGACCAGAAAUGGACUGUUUUUUCGGACAAAUCAAGACUAAAGUUUUAAAUAAUGAUAACAUUCACGGAUUGACUGAAGAUAUCAUUCCCUUAAAUAUGGAUCAACACAUCAACCAAUCCAUGCAUUUCCAGAACUUAAUCGCUGAUAAAAGCAUAAUAUUAAACGGUUUGAUGAAUGGCGUGAAGACCAAUGAUAUUGUGACCAAAAGUGGAAGUCAUGACAUGAUUGCUCCGAAGACCUUUGCAAACAAUGUGUCCGCCAAUGAAGUGAUAGUCAAUCAUCUGAUAAAUGAGGAAAUGAUCAAUCCUUCAACUGUUUUGCUCACAAUUGGCGAUCAGUUUAUUAAUAAUAGCCUAACAUUUAAAGACAACAUUCGGUUAAAUAAUAUUGAAGUGAACGGACUCGUCAAUGGCAUACAUAUUGAGAAAUUCUUGAGCGAUGUGGUCACCAGAGAUGGCAAUCACAUCAUAAGAGGCGCCAAACAUUUCAACGAAUUAGAGUUAAACCAACUGUUGUUAGGAAUGGGCUCUUCUAUUGAUGGCAUCGAUAUCAUGAAGUUAUGGUCAGAUGUCUUAUGGACUUAUGGCGACCAACACAUCGACUCUGCAAUCAAUUUCACUGAUAUUACGAUUGAUAGGAAUCUAAUAGUCGAUGGACUCAUAAAUGGUGUCAAACUUCCAAACGAAAUAAUUCUGAAGAAUGAAAACACCAUUAUUUCGGCGAACAAACAGUUCUUAGAGACAACAAAAUUAGACCGAAUGGAUGUAUUGAACUCUAUUAAUGGCAUCGGUUUAGUGGAGCGACAGUUGGAUAUAAUGUCUAAAUCUAAAGUGCAAACAGUUUUUGGGCACAAAAUAUUCAACGGAAUCCGUUUGGGAGGACACAGUCUUGUGGGGGGAACUGUCGAUGGCGUCAAGUUAUCGCAACUCAAACAAAAUCUUCUUUUACGCAACACUUCUCAACAUUUUGACGAAUUGGAGAUCAAAGGCGACGCUUUCUUUGACGGAGGGAUGGCUUUAAAGUCGGCUAUAAAUGGCAUUAAAAUAGAAGAUCUUUAUAAUAAAGCGCUUAAACUGACGGACACUCGUAUUCAGGGAUUUGCACACUUUCUGAUGAGCAACGCUAUCAUGAAGUCAAUACAUUGUCCCGCAAUUAAUGAGUUGAAUAUCGCAUCGGAUCUGAUGACCAAAAACACUCCACAAGAGAUUUUCGGUCAAAAAAUAUUUUCUAAUGGAGUGAAAGUGGACAACUUAGUUGUCGAUCGCAUCAAUGGAAUCGCUUUGGACUUCGUUAACGACACUCUUUUCUAUGACACGAAUCAAGUGAUCACUGGAGAGAAGGUAUUUGUGGGCGACUUAUGGAUCAAGAAUUUGAAAGUCAAUACAAUGAACAACAUCUCAAUGCAAGACAUCGUCCUAUUGAAUGCCGACGAAGUGAUAACUGCGCCCAAAGUCUUCAGUGAUGUCCGCGUUUACAGCGAUGUCAAUGUCCACAGCUUUGACUCCGAUGUCAUAAAUGGGGUCCAAAUGAAAGGAAUUUUCGAAAACAGUCUUCAGUUCGAAAGGCCUCAGACACUGACCGGUCGACUCAACUUUGACUCCAUUGUCAUCCCAAAGGCCACCAAUUUUGAGACCCAAUCCCUAAACGGAAUUAAUUUAAAGCAUUUGAUGUCAGACGCCGUCCUCACAGAUACCCCGCAAACCAUAUCCGGUGCCAAAACAUUCCUCUCCCCCGUCACUGUCGAUGCCUUGCAUUUCAGACACUCUUUCGAUAACGUCACUGACUUUGAUCUCAAACACAAUUGGCUUUUACAAGACACCACACAAACCAUUAAUGCGGACAUGAUUUUCGAGAACACUGUUCGAGUCAACGAUAAUAUCCGGAUGAGAAAACCAGUGAUAAAUAACAUCGAUUUAAAUGUAGUCAACAAUAAUACGGUAAAAGUGGACGAAUCGGCCGUAAUUGGAGGACAGACGCAGUUUAGAGGACCCGUUCACUCGAGUGGUCACAUCCAACUGUUGGGUAGGUUUCAGGGAAUAGAUUUGGACAAAGAGGCGGUCCUUCUGAACGGUGACAACCAAAUCAACGGUAGGAUUCACUUCAUUGAUAGCUUCCAAGUGGAUGAACACCUGUAUGUCAACGGAACUGUGGAUGACGUGAAAGUGGAGGAGUUG